CUUCUCAUCACUCUUUUUUUCGGCUCUCUACCGCUCCAACCCUUUCCUCCUCAGCGCUUCGCUCUGCCAACGCUAGGGUUGCGCGCGCCUCCCUCGCCUCGUCGUCGCCACCGCCUCCCUCCAGGCCGGCGCGCCGCCGUCCGCCCCUACUCCACCUCGCCGCUGCUCCGCCUUCCCCUCUAUUUCCAAGGCGACAACUCGCCGGUCUCCGGCGGCGGCGGCGGCGGCGCCGGAGAAGGCCAGGGGAAGAGGAGGGUUUCGACGCCGACGCAUUGAGAAGAAUCCAUCCCUCUUCUGGUAGCGACAAAGCACCUGGCUAACACACUCAUCCAUCACCCAUUUCUAGUUGCAUAUAUAAUCUCCUCAAAAGAGGAGACUAUCAACAAGCAUUUCAAUAAUACGCUGGGUGCAAUCAUGUAGCUGAAAAAUUAGUGCUUGCAACCUCCAACAAACAACGUUGGGGUGCAGUCUCGGAUUAAGGGCAACCCAAAUUUCCACCCUUUCAAGGUGACCAGGAUGUGUUGUUGACUUGAGGGUCUUGCAAUGGUGUCUUGAAAGUGGAGGCUUUAUAGUCCCUGGUGGUUAGUGGUUUGAGCUUAUUUUAAUUAUUGAUGUCAUCUAACAGGUAAUGUUAAACCUUUUUUCCCGUCUUUUUGGGCUAAUUGAUAGGAAACUCGAUACUUGUUGACUUAAAUAUGUGAAAACUGACAAGUUUCUCGUAUCUUAUAGAGGAGAGCAUUACUAAAGCUAAUUUGAUGGUAUACAAAUACUCAUAGGCAUCGAAAUCUCCGAUAUCUAUAUAACUACUCACACACACACAAUUGCGUAAUGCUGCUUGCAGUAGAGAUAAAGUCCUUCGACAAGCUAUUCUAUUGUUGUAUAAAGUGUAGUGUUGUAUUGUUAUGGCAUCAAGUAUUUAACAUGCGAGUGGACCCAUUUUCGCUAGAUAAUGAAAGAAUUGAUCCAACAUAUUUUGUAGGCCUAGAUGAAUCUCGACAAGGCGAUACCCUUCAAACAACUGCACCGAGGAAUUAUGGAAUAAUAGAUAGAUAGAACUUUAUUAUUUUAUGUUUAAUGUUGAUGAUCUGCUCAUUUAUUGGUUUCAAUUAUUAUGUAUAUAUGCUAAUUCUGGUGUAAUUUCAUGCACUAAAAUAAUAGCUUUGAAGAGAAUCAGAUUUUGCUAUAUUUCUACUCGUUUUUGUCCUCCAAAGUAUACUUUCAGUUAUUCUGUUGGAUUGAAAUAUUACUUAUUCUUGUCCAUAUCUUUCUGCCGUGCUACAUUAUUUUCAUCUACUAAAUAUGGAAUAACGGUUCAAGUCAUAUUUCAUUGCUUUAUUUGUUUUUAUUGCUCGCUUUAUGAGUUAAUUUUGUCUUUAAUCCUUCUAAUGAACUAUUAUUAAGGGGCUGUUUGGUUUCUCAGAAAAGCAUGGAAACAAUUUUUGAGAAAAGAAUUUUCUGUAGGAAACCUCUUUUUCAGUUUUUUGUUGUUUGGUUUAAAAAAAAAAAUAACUUUUUCGGAAAACUUUUCAAAUUUUAUGAAAAACUAGCAUUUUUGUUUUUCUAAAAUAAAUUCUAAACAAGUUAGUUUUCUUUAAAACCAUAAAAUUUAAAAAAUAAAUUUCUAAAAAGGUUGGUUUUCUUUGACACCAAACGGAUAGAAAACUAAAUAAAAGGUUUCCUAUAUAAAUUUUUUUUUCUUGAAAAACUCUUUUUUAUGCUUUCCCAAGGAACUAAACAGUCCGUUAAGAAUAUUCUUAUGUUCUUGGAACAAAAAAAAAAAAUCAACGGUAACUCUCAAUUUGUUCCGAAAGGGAGCCUAUCGUAAUUAUUCGGUGGAUCAGAAUUGCCAUAUACCUGAUUUGGUUGCACCCUGUUCGAGUUGAGACCAAAUUCAAGCCAAGUUGCAGCGUAACCAGCCACAGAGGGAAUCAAGAUUUUGUCGACCUUAAAAACGCUCCCAGCCUACUGCAGACGGAGCACAUGCGGGCUGCACCCCGCAUUGGCCCUCUCGAGUUCUCAACCUCUAUUUUCCGUUAAAAACGAAGGGGAAUUCUAACCAACCGUUGAUCUCUAGACAGUCUGCCAUGGUGGUGGCAUCGGGCACCAACGCCUGGGCCAAAGAGAUGGUGAUCCGGAGGAGGAUAGCCAACAUAUUUAAUAAAAGAGAAGAGGAUUUCCCAUCCCUAAAAGAGUAUAAUGAUUACUUAGAAGAAGUUGAGGAUAUGACUUCCAACUUAGUGGAAGGAAUAGAUGUUGCUGCAAUUGAAGCUAAGAUUGCCAAGUACCAAGAAGAAAAUGCUGAGCAGAUAAUUAACUCCAGAGCUCGCAAGGCUGAAGAACUAGUAGCAGCUCUAAGGGCAAGCAAAGGGAAUCCUGGACAGACAGAUCCUACUGACAUGGGUGCUGGACAAAGCUCUCAAGUAAUUGCUGGUGGUGUUGGAGUUCAAGGGCAGUAUGCUCCGACUGCAGUCCCUGGUGGGCUUGCACAACCACGACCCACUGGGAUGGCUCCACAGCCAGUCCCAGUUGGGGGCCCGGCCGAUCCCUUACAUGGGUAUGCAGCCGAGGAUGAGGAAACCAUGAAGCUACGCGCUGAGAGAGGGGCCCGAGCGGGCGGGUGGACGAUCGAGUUGAGCAAGAGGAGGGCGAUCGAGGAAGCAUUUAGCAGCAUAUGGUUUUAAACUCGAACUAGUUUGUUGUUCAGACGGCUGCAGGCAUGCAGGGAUUAAUAACCUAAAUAUGCAGCACGAGAUGGGCAAUAGGAUCGCAAGAUAAUUAUAGGGAGCUUUUCAUUGAGAUUUGGACUGUUACCUUGGUCUUAAAUAGAUUAUCUGCAGUGCGGAUGCUGCUUUUUUGUGUUGCUUGGUCGUUAUUGAGUGAGCUGUUCUCGAGAUAGCUUGCGAACCCUGGAAACUGCAGGUUGAUAGCUUAAACAUGUUGCUGAUGCUGCGUUCAUUUAUUGAAAGAGUAUUACUAUGGGUCUCCGACAAUGCGUCGCUGAUAUGCUAUCCUGUUGACGUGCUAGUUGUAGAUUGGCUCGUGCAAUACAGACCAGUUCUUAUAUCGUAAGCAUUUCCCUUUGUCGGAAGGAAAAGGAUUUUACUAUUGCAAACCGUGUAUCAAUAAUGUACUACAGAUGUUGUAAUUAAGCACUGUUGUUCUCUUCAGUUGUUAUGGAAUAAUAUAUUCUCAAGUUAGUUUCUUGCUGUUCU